AUGCGGCGAUUCUUUUUCUUCGGAUCCUCCGCAGCAAACGAGGGGAACGGCAGCGGGACGCCAGGCGAGGAUGGCAAGAGCAAGCACAAGAGUAAGAAGACAGUAGAGGAAGGCGAGGGCAAUGCCAACUCUAGUUCCAGAUCCGAUGACCGUGGCGCAAGGAUAUCCAGAUCGCGAAGCCGCCGUGGGAAGCUAAGCAACGAGGAGCCAUCCAACCCGAGGCAGCUCAGGAGGUGCAUGUCGUUCUCGUCUGCGGCCACCAACAGUUGCUUGAAGGAACGGAGCUUUAGCUUCUCGGGCGAUGUUCCUGGUUCUUUCUACAAUGAGUCUGAUGCGCCUCGCCACGCCGAAGAUGUCAAUCACUACGCAUGGUCUCCAGAAAGGCAUCCAGUCUCAAGAGAACACUCUAUAAAGGUUCCAAAAGCACAUUCAGUUCUGGAAACUGAUUCUCCUCGUUCAAGAUGUCAUUCAUGCUCAACAGGGCACUCUCCUCCUACCUCCCCUGUUGCCCUAAGAUGCAGAUCUUCAAGGCUAGGCAAUUUACUGAACAAGAAUGAAGUUCUGGAUAGGUACAUUGAGGGAGAGCAGGAAGCUGCCAUUCAAAGUGAGAAACGAAGGCAGAGCUCUCCCACCAGAUCUGUGGGUUCGAGUUCAAGAAGGCCACCUCGACCCCAUUAUGCAGUGCCAUCUUUUCAAAAGUCGGUGAAAGAAAGCCUUGAGACCUACCCAAAUGUGAAUGGAAAUGAUGCCUAUCUCCAUCAACUCGCUCAAGAACGUGCAAAUGACUCCUACAAGAAUACAACUCUUAGCAAUGCAAGUAAAAAUCAUGCAAGUGUUUUGGAUGAUUUUGUCAGAUUUCCACAUGCAGAAGAUUACAAAUCAGAAAGUUUUCCAUCUGUUGAAGAUAUCUACGAGGACUUUCAAGAUGUGCAACUUUCAAAUGUAAUUCAGGAUGCCCCCCAGAAUUAUCAUGAUAAUGACAUGGACUUUGCCCUAGAAGAGCAAGAAACUGAUGACAAGUUGCUUCACAGGGCAAAAGAAGUUGAAGAGAGGUUUAUAGCUCUCUCUGGAGACAGUUAUGAGCUUAACAUGUCUAGGUAUAAGCGAUUAAGUUCAAAUGAAAUGUUCCAGUUGCUUCAGUGUUUGACUGAAGAUAGGAGGCAACUAGCAGAUGAACUGUCUUCACAGAUUAAGGCACGCCUUACUGAAAGGUUUAAUGCCAAAGAGCAGUACAAACGAUCAAUGAAGGAAUCGGACAUCAGAGCAAGAAAGUUGGAGAAGGAGAAGACUGAAAUACAAAGUGCUUUGGAGAGAGAGAUUGACAGGAGGUCAAAUGACUGGUCAGCCAGGCUAUCGAGGUUUCAAUCUGAAGAAGAGAGACUACGUGAACGAGUGAGAGAACUUGCAGAGAAAAAUGUCUCCUUUCAGAGAGAACUCACUUCUAUUGAGGCAAACAGAGUUGAUGCAUCUGAAAAGGUUGCAAGUUUGGAGAUGCAAAAUAUAAAACUAACCGAUGAGCUAGAGAAAGUCAGAAAAGAGCACGACAAUCUCCAAAAAUCUUCAGUAGAGUUGCAUGCUCAGUUUACCAAGGCUGCAGAGGAAAAGAGUCAUAUCAGAGGAUUCUUGAAAGAUAAGGAUGGUGAUAACAAGGCAUUGCACCAAGUGGUUUCAAGGCUACAAACAAUAUGCAAUGAACAAGAAAAGACAAUUGCUGGUCUGAGACAGGGGUUCAGUGCUGAAUUAGAUAAGGAAUCUGCUGGAUGCAGCAGUGAGAGAAAGAGUAGGAUGCAGAUAGAGCUUAUUAGACUGACAGGAGUGGAGCAGAAGUUGAGAGGUGAAGUUCAGUCUCGGCGUCUGGAAGUAGAAGCUCUUAGGCAAGAGAAUAUUGCACUCUUAAAUCGUCUUCAAAGUACUGAAAAUGGGUCAAGCUUUUCCUCAGUUCGGCUUGCCCAGGAACUUCAGGCCAGAGUGGACAAUUUGCAGACACAAGGCUUGUCGUUGCUUGAUAAGACUAGCCAACUUUGCACCAAAUUGCUGGACCUCGUGAAAUGCAGGAGGCACGAAAAUGAACAUGACACAGAUAUUGAUGCAUUAGACUACACACUGGAGUUCCAGAGCAUCAAAGGGGGAAUUGAGAACAUGAAAAGAAGCUUGCGGGCAACAAAUGCUGUGCUUGCUGAAAAGCAGAAUUUGAUAGAAAAAUCUGGAGAGGCUGCAGCUGGAGGUACUUCUCCCAGGGCGCAGAAGGAUGAGUUGUAUCUGGUUGAUUCUGAAUUCAAGCUGAAAGAAGAGGCUCUUCUCAAUAGAGUACUAAAGGAGGCACUUUUGACGAAGGAGCUUGACAUUGAGCAGCUGCAGUCAGACGUAGCAUCUUUGCUUCGUAUCCAAGAUGUGAUGAGAAAUGAGGUCCAGAGAGUCCAAGAUGAACUGUCUUGCAUCACCCACAAGGCUAAACAUAUGGAGCUUCAGGGUUCGAAGAAAGAUGAGUCGAUCAACCAAAUCCAGCAGGAUUUCCAGGAAUCCUCCAAGGAGCUAAGUUCCCUCAGAGGACAACUGAAGAUAGUCACCGAUGAACGGGACCUCUCGUGGCAGGAAGCGAAGCAGCUUCGCAGAACCACCACUGCCAUGCAGAACGAGAUCGGCUCACUCAAGAAGAAGAUCGAAUCCCUUGAGGAAGACAUCCUUGUCAAGGAGGGGCAGAUCUCGAUACUGCAGGACAACAUCUACAAGCCGCCGCUCGACUUCAUCUGCAGCCCUACAACGAUGAAGCAAUUCGGCAUGGAGUGAAAAAGUUGCAUAGCAAACGGAAGGUUUUGCAGCAGAGUCCUUCGGUAAUAUAUAUAGCUUUUCUUAUAUACUUGCGUGAACAGAGAGAGAUAGAUGCCUAUGGUGCAUAGGCUGUUCAUAUGCUUCCAUAGUAUCUUGGGUACACCAUAGUCUUUACACCCUUUUUGUAAAGCAAUGCAUAUACAUCACAACCUGUGAUGGUCUUGCUGCGGUCUGAAGUUUCUGCACUAUGAGAUCUUUGUGAUGGUAAUGUGAAUCGUCCCUUUCCUUGGUUUCCAA